CGGGGGACAGCUGGGUGCGGAGUGGCGGGGAGUGGAGCAGGGCAGGCAGCCAGGCAGCACGGGGAAUAAAACGAAGGGAACCCCGCUUUUUUCUUUCCCCCCAUCUCUAUUUUUCCCUUCUCGGUACUAUCUCCUUUUCUGAAAUGUUUUUGGACUAAAUUUUCUUCUGACAGUCUGGGUUUGUUUUUUUUGGUUUUUUUUUAACUUAACUUUUGCAGACUUUUUUUUUUUUUUUUUUUUUGAGUGUUGUGUGUGGCAAAAAAGGAAACAAGUUACUGUCGAGCCAAGUAAUUCAGGCGCUCUGCAGGGAGGAGUGGGGAGAAGAGCAGGGAAAAGUUGCUUUUGUUGCUAACGAGCUUUUGCUGCCUUGAUGUGACUACGAGCAAGCGACUGCAGAGAGGGCCGGCGUGCGAGUGCCGGCAGCGCGGCUUCCCGCCUCCUCACGCCGGCAGGCGUGCGAGCGGUCGGCGGCUCCGCUCCCCGCAGCCCCCUCGAAGGCGGCUGGGGCUGCGCCGCUCCUCUCCCUCUGCCCGCAGCAGUGUGUGAGCGUCCGCGCGGGGUUCUGCCCGUCCCCGGCCCGCACGGGAUGCGCGGGGGCGGCUCCCGGCGGCCUCCUCCGCCGGUUGCCAUGGUGCCACGGCCCGGCGUGCUGUGGGCAGUGGCGGCGGCGGCACUGGCGCUGCUGGUCCGGCGGGCGGCGGCGGCGCUGGCGGGGCCGGUGGUCCGCUGUGAGCCUUGCGACGUGCGGGCGCUGCAGCAGUGCAAGCCCCUGCAGCCCGACUGUGCCGAACGGGUGCGGGAGCCGGGCUGCGGCUGCUGCCUCACCUGCGCCCUGCGCCUGGGGCAACCCUGCGGCAUCUACACGGAGCGUUGCGGCGCGGGGCUCAGCUGCCAGCCGCGGCGGGAAGAGGCGCGGCCGCUGCAGGCGCUGCUCGAGGGCCGCGGGCUCUGCACCAACGCUACAGCGGGCAGCAAGCUGCGGGCCUUCCUGCUGCCGGGACCGCACGCUGCAGUAAAUUUCAGUGAUUCAGAAGAAGACAAGAGUACCAGCAGCAUAGAAGAUCAGGCCAUUCCAAACUCUCACAGGGUACCAGAUUCCAAGUCACAUCCACCACACAUCAAAAUAGAUAUCAUCAGAAAAGUGCAAGCCAAAGAUACACAGCGCUAUAAAGUCGAAUAUGAUUCACAGAGUACAGACACAUUGAAUUUCUCUUCUGAAUCCAAACAAGAGACUGAAUAUGGUCCAUGUCGUAGAGAAAUGGAAGACACUUUAAACCACCUAAAGAUCCUGAAUGUCUUGAGUCCAAGGGGCUUUCAUAUUCCAAAUUGUGACAAGAAGGGAUUCUACAAGAAAAAGCAAUGUCGCCCAUCCAAAGGCCGAAAAAGAGGUUAUUGCUGGUGCGUGGAUAAAUAUGGACAGCCACUUCCUGGGUAUGAUGGGAAGGGAAAAGGAGAUGUCCACUGCUAUAACUUGGAAAGCAAAUAAGGGCUGGGUGCCAGCUCUUCUGGCAUCUGUGCAUGGCCACUGGACCUCACAGAGACCUUGGAGGGGCUGGACAACACUGUGGGACUGCACUGUGUGUGGAGUAACAAGCUCUGCCUCCUGCAGCGAUGGGGAGUUGCAGCCUCUAUGGAUGCUGCUGCAGUUUCAGCCUGCCACCAACACACAUCGAGCUUCCUAUGGGAUGUGUAGGGAGAUCUGAAUUCCCAUGUAAACCUGCACUAUUGAUACCCAGAGAGAGAAAAACAAAAGGCACUUCAGAAUGGAAUCAGGGAGUCUCCGCUGACUUUUUAAAGAAUGGCCUGUGACCAAUUUGAUCCCAAAAGAUACUGGGUUUUUUGUUUUAAAGAAUUUAUAGAUGUUAAGCUUGUAAAAGUAUUAAAAAUAAAAACAAAACAAAAAACCCACAAGAAUGUAAAGGUAAAGCUUUUUUUACAGGUCUGAUGGGAAACUUGUCUUCACGGGUAAAAAGUUUUUUAUAAAAAUCUCAAAGAACUUUUUAAAGAAAUGUAUUUCUAAGAUAAAGACAUGGAUAUUUUUUCUGUAAAAUAUAUUAUGAAUAUUCUGUUAGUCCUUAUUUAAUAUAAUUGUUUUUUAAUAAACUUUAUUUAAAUAUAACAUGAAUACCAAAUAUUACUCAGUAAUUCUAGUGUAUACAUCUGUAUGCAAAAAGAAAGUAAGGUUAUGGAAUGAUUUACAGAUACAUUUAAGUCUCUAUGCAUACACACUGACCUGUUCUAGGUAAGAGAAAUAAAUUUUUGGAGGAAAAGAACUGUUUCCAGAAGGGAUUGAGUUUUAUAAUUUGAUAUAACUACAAAUGCCAAGAGAAUAUUUUUUUUAAAUUAUUUUAUUGAUAAUUCUAAUGUACCCAUCACUGAAUUAUGCCACUGGAAAGGAUAACAGUUGCACUGAAGCUCUUGGUAAAGCUUUCUUCUGUCUGUAUGUUGCUUCAGUUUUUGCAACAGGGUUUACAUUUCCUCCAUUUACUGCUCACACUAAUACAGAAUAUUCAUGGACAAAAAAUUGCCAUUACAGUACUACUCUUUGUAUUUGCUUAUUUAUUUUGAAAAGGUGUAUCUAUUCUGUGUUGUCUUGGUACAUUCUACCAAAGCACUUACUCUGUAUGAGGAACUCCUGUUGAAAACAAUGUCAACAAGAUGGGGGGAUUGAGACCCAUGCAUUUCAUUUAUGCAACACACAAUUGUUGCUUGCUUUGACUAUGGUAGAAAUCAUUCACCUGCAUUUAAGCAUAGAAAAAGAACCAUUGGGUUUAAAUAGUUAAAUUCACUUUCUGUCAUGGUGUUAUAUUUAAUUGGAAGAGAAGUGAUUUUGUUUUGUUGUUGUAUGUGAUGCUUUCAUAUAAGGAAGGCUUUGGCAACAUUUUAUUUUCUGAGGCUGAUUGUUUAACAUACUUUGUGAAAAAUUCAGUAUGACAAUGAAAUCUGCAUAAGGAAAGGUGGCCUAUGAAAUGUAUCAUCUCUCUGGAAAAUAAUGCCGUAUUUUGUAUAUGUAUUUAUUUCUAUAUUUUAUAUAAAUAUUUUUAUAUUUAUAUAAAUAUAUAUUCUUAUAUGUCUCACUAUAAAUGUUUGAUGUCACUAUAGAAAAAAGAAGCCAUCAACUAAUUUCUUGUUGCGUUGGGAACUCCAUGAAGACUAUUGACACUGGGUUUUCACGUGCUGGGCCUAGGCGUUGUGUUGUUGAAGGAGAGGCCGUGGUGUUGAGGAACCCAUUCCUCUCCCACUGCAUGAAUUACAAUCAUCCUUGUUCCUGCCAGCAAAGGCAAAUGUCUAGAAACUCUGACAUGGAAGCAUUUGGACAUGCAGCUUGCCAGGAUUGCGGCAUCCCAUCACUAUAACUCAGAUGUUUAAAGCCUUACCCUGAAAUGUAUUAGCUGAACAGCACUAUGAGUGUUCUCCACAUCUUUCCAAUUUCUAAUGAAAUGAGUUCAUAUCAUCAUUAAAACUGAAAUUUUAUAACCUCAUGGUAAGAAAAAAAUUGUACAUGAAGUGAUGCUUACUCCAGGCUAACACAGGUUUCCUGACACAAGGUUACAGAAAGAUUUAUUGCAAUAUUUUUAUUGCCAAAGCAGAUCUAAUGCCUGCAAAGUUUUGUUGGCAAAAUAAUAAAUGCUGGGCUUUUAUUUAUUUAUUUUUUUAGAGUUGUAAACCAGUUCUUUUCAAAUAAUUUCACAGAGAGAAGAAAGUUGUAUAUACACCAAUAUGUGGGCAUAUAAUCAUAAAUAAGAAAAUAAGGGUUUGAUUCAUUGAAGUGAGUUAUUAUUUUGCCUCUGUUUGAUUUAGUAACUAUCUGGUGAGCCUUCUGAAAAGAAAAAUCAGUUUCUUGUCAAAAGUGAUGGAUGCUUUGCAAGGCACAUUUUGCAAGUAUGUAAGGCGUUUUAAAAGCUUUAUGAUUCGGAUAUUUUUUCAAGUAUUUUAAUUUUUUAUGUUUUAUCCUACAAUUAAAAACAAAUAAAUAAAGGAGAAACUGGCUAGUAGAGGUCAUUAAGUCAUAUAUUAUGAAAAAAAACCCAAACAAACUACAUUCAAGGAGCUAAACCUGAUUUAAGCAUGCAAUUUGUCACAUGACUAUUUAAGAAAUGGUGUUCAGUUCCUUUAUUAGUACUAACAGUCUUUAGUUAUGUAACAGAGAAAACAUACAGCCAUAAGGGGAAAGAAAACAGAUGUGUGUAAAUCAGUUUUAUUUUCCUCCCAACAGACGUCUUUAAAAGAGGAAUUGUGUUUAAAAAUUGCCCAAAAAAUAAAGUCUCCUGUCAUUUAAA